CAGGAGAGCUGCGCCAUGCGCCGUGCCAUCCACGAGAGCCACGGGGAUCACUCGGGGUGCCCCGAAUCGGAGCAGCAGCGGGCCGACUUCCACAGGAGCUUUGGCCGCAAGAUCAGAACGGCGGCCCCGCACGGCGGCCAGGAGGGCGGCGCCCGUGAGGCCAUCCACGCGGCCGCGGAGCCGCAGGGUCCCGAACGCGCGGCGCCGCAGGAGGCGCGCUGGAGCGGCUUCGCUGGCUUCUCGCCGCGAGGGCGGGCGCCGCGGGCGCCGCCCGCUGCGGCCGACCAGAAGCGGCGCACCCUCGAGAUGGCCCUCUCGCCGCGUGGCGACGAUCCCCCGCUCCCGCAGAGGCCGGCCUCCCCGAGGGCGGCGCAGCCGUUGGCGGGCUCCGCCGGCGUCGCCGGCGUCAUGGCGUGGGACGCGUCUGCCCCGAGGCCUGCCGCGUCGAGCCCGCGGCCGCCGGCGUCGGCGAGGACGGACCCCAUCUGCCACCAGGGCGCCCCGCCGGCCCGCGGAGG